UAAAAAAAUAUGGUAAACUGCUGAAUUUUGGCGAUGAAGUAGUUAAUCAUCAAUUCUUUAGAGGACUAUCUCCAGACAAUCAGCUUGAAGUAGAACGAAUUGGCUCUGAAAAACCUGUAACUGAAUUAGUUAAAAAUUUAGAGAAAGUUGAAAAACGAAAAUCUGAAAUGAAAUUAGGUCUAUCUAAGAGAACAGGAGGAAUUGACCAUCAAGCUCAAGCACAACCUGCAUCACAUAAACCUUCUGGAUUUUCGCCAGAAGAUGUGGAUAGAAUAGUUAAGGAGGCUACUGAAAAAAUUACACAAAAAUUCCAGGUACAGAUUCAGGAAUUACAAGCAAAAAUUCCAAGUACAUCUGCCCAGCCAUUUACUAAUCCUGAUCAAAAUAAUUCUACUCCAAUAAGAGAUCCAAUUGCACCUCCAUCUACAUUACAAACAAAGGAGCAUCAUAGUGAUUAUAAAACUAAUAAGUUUUUAUAUGAUCUGGGCCUUAUUGAUUCCAAUACUUGGAAUAGACUUUAUCCAAACGAACCAUUCCAAAGAGCUCAUUCAAGGGCUAAGAUAGCAAAUAGAAUUGCUGAAAGACUUGAGCAAAGGGAACUUGAUAAGGAAAUUGCUAGCCUUUCCAAUAGAAUUAAUACUCUUAAUAUUAAUGAUCCUGAUGCUAUGGAUACUAAUUUGAUUCGUGAAAUUGCAACUGAUGAUGAUGAAUAUACUCUCCAAUUAGUUCGAAAAAAAAAAAAAAUUAUUCAUGAAUUAAUUAUAGAAGAAUUGACUCGUUUGGGAUUAACUAAGAAAACUACAAGCAAAGAAAUUCAGAAGUUUAGUGAAGCUUAUUCUGAUGAUUCUAUGGAUAUUGAUCUUUUGCGCCUAGAUAAUAAAAAAGAUUUAGCAUCCGUUGAAGGUGUAGUAGAGGGAAAAUUAAAACUCCCAAUUCUUAUAGAUUCAUGUUGCAAUAUUUCUAUUAUGCCUGAAGAAAUUUAUAAAGAACUUGGAUUAGUACUUGAUACAAGUAAGAUUAACAAUCUUUUUGGAGCAUCGACUAAUACUAAAUCAUUAGGUAUAGUUAAAAACGUUAAAAUGAAUUUGGCACCAGGAUGUACUAUAACAGAUAAUUUUGCUGUAAUUGCAUACUAUCCAUAUCGUGAGCUUAUUUUGAACCGACCUCGUCUUAGAGAAUAUAAUUAUGAUUUAUUCGAAUCCAGAAAGCAUAUGGCUAUUACUUGUAAUGGAAAAGACUUCUUUAUCCCUAUAAUUCCAGCAAGAGAUGAGCACAAAAAAUCAAAUUCACCAGUUUUGGAAGCGUUAAAUCAUUAG